AUGCAGUCUACAAAAUUUAAAGUGAUAGAGCACUCUAUCCCCUGUCAGCCUAUUAGGGAAUAUUAUCGCGCAGGCAAGCGAGAUAACCCCUUAUUGCAGCUGGCUAUCAAACAAUACAUCCCCUUGAACAAUCCCAUCCCAAGUCCCGAUGAUGUCACCAUCAUUGCUGGGCAUGCCAAUGGAAUCCCCAAGGAAUGUUACGAACCACUCUGGGAGGAGCUCCUUUCAUUGACGAGCGUCAAAAUCAGAGCUAUCUGGAUCGCGGACUCUUCCAAUCAAGGUGCCAGUGGCGUGAUGAAUGAAAAUGAACUUGGUGAUGAGCCAAACUGGUUUGACCACUCGCGGGAUCUCCUACAGAUGGUGAACCAUUUCCAGGAUCAGAUUCAAUCUCCGAUCAUGGGAAUUGCCCACAGUUUCAGUUGCUCCCAGUUUGUUCACCUUUCAAUAAUGCAUCCUCGCUUAUUUCACUCAGUUGCUUUCAUCGAGCCUAUGAUUCAAAAUGAAAGUCCUAGUAAGCUAGGUGGGCCAAGCCCAGCACUUUGGACCAGCUCCCGCCAAGACGUCUGGCCUUCAGCUCAAGAUGCUGAAAAAUACAUCCGGGCAAAUGGUUUCUGGCGGAAAUGGGACUCAAAAUGUGUAGAUCAAUACAUUCAAUUUGGGCUUCGACCAGUCCCAACCGCUCUUAACCCCAGCUCCAAUCUUGGUUCUGGGCCCGUGACACUCACCACGACAAAAGCACAAGAAGCUUGGUCGUAUCUCCGUUUGAAUGCCACCCCUCGGGAUGGAAGCGGCGAAUUCAAUAAGGAGAGAUUUAUCAACCCGGACCUCGCUAAAGUCCCGAAAGAAGGCGACACCAAUAACCCGGAUUGGGCGCUUGUAUGUCCAUGGUGCUGUAUUGCUUUCGAGUACUUGCUUUAUAUGCGUCCUUCCGUAUAUUAUGUCUUCGGGGAAAAGAGCCACAUCAAUCCACCCGAGCGGAGACAAGAUAAACUGGAACGCACAGGUAAGGGACUGGGAGGGAGCGGUGGUGCUGCAGCCAACUGCGUGAGAUCUGAAAUCAUCUCGAAGGGAUCGCACAUGGUUCCACUCGAGAAGGUUAACGAUACGGCACACCUUCUAUCAGGCUGGUUGGAAUCCCAGGUCAAGGCUUAUCGAGGAGAGAAAGCUUUCUGGGCUCAUCACGAUAGCGGCAAGUCGGAAGGUGGUAGUUUGGCUUUAUCGAAGCAAUGGAUGGCAUGGGUAAAGCAGCCCGUGGAGACUAAACGGCCCGUUAAGUCGAAUUUAUGA